AUGUACUUCUUCUGCGCUCUGCUGGUCGAGAGCCUGCAGAGCCUUGAGCCCAUCAUCGUCCUGCACCAUUUCUGCGGGUUGCACCCGCCGUCCGACCACCACGACGGGACUGCGAGCUCCGUCUUGAUGCCCCUGCUUCUGUAUCAGCUCCUGCGGCAGUGGACGUUCGGCGAAUUGGAAUGUCUCAGCGCCGACGACGCCCAGGCGUUCAAGGGUUCCGUAUCGAACGUGACGCCGGAUUUUCUCGUCGCGAUUUUGCGCAAAUUGAUCAAAGCCCUUCCGCGCCGACAGCCAGUCUUUCUGAUCCUCGACGGGAUAAAUUACUACGAGACGCGCGAACCCAGCUGGGAGACGAAGCGCCUCGUCAAGAAGCUCGUCAAGCUGAUGGGGGCUGGAGGAGCGCUGUACAAAUUGCUGAUCACGAGUACCAGCCGCGUUCUCGACAUCGACGAGUAUUUUGAGAAUGACGAGAAACUAUAUGUGCCCGUGGAGCCGACUCCGCGGGGGGGGGGGGGGGGGACUGCGAACCAACAGCUGAAACGGAGAUUCACUUUUGGGCGGUCGACCAAGAGUCAAUAA